ACGCGACAGCUACCGUAAAGUAGAAGAAGAAGACGCGACAGCUACCGUAAAGUAGAAGAAGAAGAAGAGCGGCUUUGUGAGAAGCUAGCGAAAUUGCUAGCACCUGCGCUCAGCCUUGAUAAUCUGUAAACCGUGAUCAAAAUUCACAUUCAAGACACUCAGGGUCUCUAAAUUAUGUGGACACAGAAUCCCGGUCAUUGAGGUUCAAAUUAAGGAAUUUGGACGGCAAUUUAAAGACGCUGAUAAGCGAACAAACCAAACUUUUUCCAGCAUUUGAGACGCACGAAGAAAGAAACCGGUAAACCACUUUGAAUCAGGUCAUGUCUCGCCGACGAAGCCUCAGCCCAUCUCCGGGGCGUUUUUCACGCUCCUGCAGCAGUAAUGAUCCUAGAGAUUUGGAGAGACGGAUUUUUGUUGGGAAUUUGCCGACCUCCGACAUGGAAAAGAAGGAGUUGGAAGACCUGUUCAGCCCGUAUGGGAAGAUAAUCGGCGUGUCCAUGUUUCGUGGGUUCGGAUUUGUACAAUUUGAACGUGUUGAGGAAGCCGAAGCUGCAAAGUCUGGCCAAAAGGGUCGAAUAUAUAAAGGUUAUAAAAUAGAUGUAAAUAUGGCAGUGGAGCGACGGCAAGCUAAACCUCAAUCCCAGCAGAGCCCUCCACGAAGGGCCACGUAUGGCAGUUACGGGGACAGCAAAGAGGCCCGUCCUCGCUCACGCUCACCCGCUUAUGCCCGUGAACCUCGGGACAGCCGUGACGGGCGUGAGACUCGGGACAGCCGGGAUGGACGAGACUCUCGGGACAGCCGUGACGGGAGGGACUCGGGGAGGGACUCGGCUAGGGAGUCGAGACCGAGUGGCCACUCUCGUGACCACGACUACCGGUACCGAGCCUCAGAGAGCAGAGACAAAGACCCCAGGGAUCCUGCAUACAGCAGAGAAGACUAUGACCGGUUCUACCGCAGUGGCAGUGGUGCCGAGGACUAUUACCGGAGGAAGGAUGAGCCCUACAGGGACCCUUACAGAGAUCCAUGGAACGGACGCCGUGAGCCAGAGGUCCCGUCCAACCUCUCCUCAGCAGUAGACGAUCGCGCUCGACCAGAAGAGCGCCGCCGCAAUGAACUGUACCGUCAGUACUACGAGGAACUCCAGCGGCGCUACGACGCCGACCGUCCCGUUGACUGCUCCGUGAUUGUCGUCAACAAGGCGCAAAAUAGGGAGUAUGCCGAAACGGUCGGACGUAAAGUUCGUGAUUUGGGCAUGGUGGUGGAUCUGAUCUUCCUCAACACAGAGGUGUCACUAACUCAGGCCCUCGAGGAUGUAGGCAGAGCCCGCACUCCCUUUGCCAUCAUCAUUACCCAGCAGCACCAGGUCCACCGGUCCUGCACCGUCAACAUCUUGUUCGGAACACCGCAAGAGCAUCGAAACAUGCCCAUGCAGGACGCCAUGAUGCUGGUCGCCCACAAUUAUGACACCUACAAAGUUGAAAACCGUGAAAAAGAACGCGAGGAGAUCGCCAGAAAGGCUGCCAAGAUGGCGGACGAUGUGCUACUCAGGGAGCCUGACAGAGAGAGCCACCCCAUAUCUGUGCUCACCUCCAUCACACUGCUGUCUGAAAACAGAUUUGUAACCCCAGAUGAGAUGGAUAGUCUCAUUGCCUACCUGAAGGACAAAAGAGCUCGUCUUCUACGAAGUGCUGCAGACCCUCUCACAGCUGGAGCCCAUGUUGCAGCUCCUGCAGCAGUGCACCACGACGUUUCAUCCUCGGCCACAGGACUGCCUCCUCCAUCCCACUCUGCUCUCACACAGCCGCAGUCCAGCCACCUCGGCCUGUCGGCUGCUUCCAGCGCCUCCGUUAACCCAAACCACCAGCAGGAGCUGCAAGCUAAAAUCCUCAGCCUGUUCAACAGCGGCACCGGGGUCCCAACGGGCGGCGGAGUCCCGCCUUCCAUCUCCCAGUCGAAGGCCUACGGCUCCCUGGGCCCGCCCCCUUCCCAGAACCAGCCCCGCCCAUCCAUGACAGGCCCCUCUGCGGGUGUAUCCCAGGGUUACGGAGCCCCACUGGGACGCAUGCAAGUCACACCAGGCGGUCAGAGACCCCCCUCGUCUGCUUCAGGUAUCAAUUUUGACAACCCGAGUGUACAGAAAGCUCUGGACACCCUCAUUCAGAGCGGACCGUCUCUGAACCACCUGGUGAGCCCGGCAGCCUCUCAGCAGCCCCCCCCCAGCAUGGGCCAGGUACCGCCGAUGUCCAUGUACCCCCGACAUUACUGAUAGGUUGUAGUGAAGUAACAACUCCUCCCCUAAUGUGAGUUCACCUCUCCCCGAGUAGACACCACAUCGAUUCUCUGUGCAGUGAAUUUUCCAGCUGUGUAAUAUAGGUAGGUUGGAUGUUUUGUAAAAGCUUUUAAUCUUUUUUUUUUUUUUUUUCUUCCAAGUAUUGUCUUCAGUUGAUUUAAAUGGUUAUACAAUUUAGUUUCAUGACUUGUUCAGACUACCUAACAGUCUCUAUUUUCAAUUGUUAUUAGCCAGAAGUUAAUUAUUCAUGAAUUCUUCUUACAUGUGAGUUAAACUGAGGCACAGUCGCAUGUGUGAAGUACAGUAUACUUUGGUUUAUGAUGGACUCCUUUGGUUCUUUUCCCACCAUGAUUGUGUUUUAUAGUUUUCCACAGUGUCUUUUUAAUUUGUAACAUUUUCAGUGUCAAAACAAGACAUGAUUAAAAACUCCAGACACAA